GCCCAGUGAUGGUGGGCUUUCUAAUUCUGACGGCCCCAAAAGUUCUCUCUCCGACUUCUGCGAGCUCUGGCAAGUGGCAACGUCUUCUAGGGUUUCUAACGUAGUUCGCGUUCUGGUUCUGGUCUCGAGCAACCAUGCCUAGGUAUUACUGCGAUUAUUGUGACACUUACUUGACACAUGAUUCACCAUCAGUUAGAAAGCAGCACAAUGCAGGGUAUAAACACAAGGCAAAUGUGAGAUUGUACUAUCAGCAAUUUGAAGAACAACAAACUCAGAGUUUAAUUGACCAACGAAUAAAGGAACAUCUUGGUCAGGCUACGGCAUUCCAGCAGGUUGGUGCUGCCUACAAUCAACAUCUUAUGGCUCAGAGGCCUCGUCUCCCUGUCCUACCAACACCUGGAAUGCCACCGCUUAACCCACAACUAAUCCCUGGAAUGAGGCCUCCUAUGUUUCCUAGACCAGUUCCUGGUGCUCCAGGUUAUGUUACUGCUCCAGGCAUGCCAUCAAUGAUGGCACCACCUGGUGCUGCCCCGGCACCUGGUCAAUUUAAUGCUCUCCCAAGACCUCCUACACUAGCUCCUCCGACAACAGUCACUGGGACUGCCGCAACACCCUCUCCUUCUAGUGGUACCCCAUCAAUGGUUACAUCCGCAGUCUACCAAGCCAAUCCAGCCACACCUACAAGUGGAGGCUUUGACAAUUACAAUGCCAAGGCUCCAGCUCCUGAGGGCAAUCCUUAAUCUGGUUCAAUGGGCAGGAAGAUGUUUUCCAUUUGUCCUGUAUGGUAUCGGAUUUUCAAUGCCUGCGUGCUGCCAAACAUCGUAAUUAUUAUGUAAUCAGCAUGUUAUUGCACUGUGAAAAGUCAGUUAUUAGUAGCCAUCUUCAUCUUUGAAGCUUUCCUACGGGAUGUAAAAAAAAUUGGCUUGCAUGUAAACAUAACUGAUCAAAACUCUGAAGAGAAAUCGCCAUCCGCCUCCUGAAAUCCUUCCAUGUAAGUUAAGAUUUUGAUUUCGGGGCACCCGGUCUAACAAGCUCUCUCAGGGAAGACUUUGAUAGGCUUCUGUGGUUCUUGCAUGUUUUGUUCAGACAUUUAUCAGGUAAACCAUUGGAUGUUCCUACUAA